AUUUAAAAGCAACAUCAAAUCAAACGAGACAUUUUUCCGGGGGUUUUCAGGGAAUCAAAGUUGAACCAAGACCUUGUUUAUAAAAGUGUAUUGUGCAUAUUCUUCUGCCAUGAUUUACCCAUGAAUAAUGAAUUGUUUUUAUAUUCAGACUAAAAUAAAUUAGGUGAAGAACUCUUACUGUCCUGAACGCAAAUCAAAACCAAAAAGGCCCAUUAGAUGGGAGUCGCCCGACCUCCACUGACGAUCUCCGAUGGAAGGUCAGUCCAAACGGGGAGGGUCAGCUCAUUACAGCCCCCACAGGAGAUGAAUGGGUCAGUCAGGCAGUGAGGAGAGCUGCGUUAGACCGGGAGCAGGCCUGUGACAGACCCACACAAGCUGCCACCUCACAGUCGCAGCCGUUAUUCCCCCCACACUCUGCUUCAGAAAACACUCAACAUGUCUCUGCCUCUGCGUGCACAACUCCUUCUCUUUCUGAUCUCCCUUUCUUCAAAGAUGGGCAUCAGUCGCUACAUUGAGGACUCUGAAUCUUCCGAAGAAUUAGAUUCUCUCUUUGGUGUGGACCAGAAAAUAAAAGAGGAUUUUAUUUACCGCCGACCUCUGAGAUGCUUGGACAUGCUGGCCACUGAUGGCGCCUUCACUUUUGUGGCAUCUCAGCCACAGCUGGCCUGCGCUGCUUUUAUCAUCGCUGAGCCAACUCAGGUCAUCAGUGUGGAGCUCUCUGACGUCAAUAUUGACUGCAGCGCUGGAGAUUUCAUCAAGAUGUUUGAUGGAUGGGUUCUGAAGGGAGAGAAGUUCCCCAACAGUCAGGACCAUCAGCUUCCACUGCAUCAGCGCUACACAGACUACUGUUCCAAUCCAGCAACAGGAGCCACCAGCCGCUCCUCUCAGAACGUCGCCAUGGUCUUCUUCCGCAUUCACAGCCCUGGCAGUGCAUUCACCCUUGUCGUCAAGAAGAUACACAACCCCUUUCCCUGUAACGUCAUGUCUCAGAGACCAGAGGGCAGUUUCACCAUGGUGUUGCCACACCAGCGCAGGAACUGCAGCUUCUCCAUCAUCUACCCGGUGGAAAUCAAACUGACAGAACUCAGCCUGGGGCAGGCCAAAAGCAAUGAGCUCCUCCCACAGAGGCAGGUGUGGUCGGGCUGUUCGGGGUCAGGUGACUAUGUAGAGCUGCUGGGGGGCAAUGGCAUAGACACCUCCAAGAUGUUCCCUGUAGCUGACCUGUGUUUCUCCCUCAGAGGACUCGCCCAGAUGAAGGUUGGCUGUGAUAAUUCAGUGGUGAGGCUGGUGUCCAGUGGGAACUAUAUCAAUCGUGUCUCCUUUCAGUACCGACUACUGGGACGCAAUGAACUCCCCAAGAAUCGAGAGAACAGUCUGGAGAACUUCUGCUCUCUGGAAUGAGAACACACACACACACACGCGCGUGCGCACAAACACAGAGACUCACACAUGAACACAGCCCUCCACUUCUCUGUAAAUAAACCAGUUAACUAAUAGUAACUUUAAAAGUAUUUUUUGUUUUGUUUUUGCCAGAUAUUUUAUUUUGUGUCUCAACAAUUUUAACUUUUAAUAUUUAUUUAAUGUAUUAUUUUUAUUCAUUUAAUAUUCACAGAUGGAUGAUUGCUCUCUCGUUUGUCCUGACAAAUCCCAGCGUCCAUUACAUCUCUUGGCGAGAGCAAGCGUCCCUCUGUUGUUCAUAGUUUGUAUCAGUUUCAGUUGCCUUUGGCAGGGUUUUCAUCUCCGCUAUCUCUUGGUUGACAAUCCAAAAAUAAAUAUGACUUGCAUGAUGAA